ACGACGAACAAUGAGCCUAAGGGAGGUUUCGUUAGACGACGAGGAGACUUCCCUGCGUUGGGCCGCACUGCAGAGACUGCCGACCUACGAAAGACUAAGAAAAACAGUUCUAACGACAAUUUUUCCGGACAAAACCGACAACUUUGUCCGAAUCGUUGAUGUGCGGAAGCUCGGCCGAGAUGAAAGACAAGAGUUCAUCGACCGGUUUUUUAAGGUUGCCGAAGAAGACAAUGAAAAGUUCCUCAAGAAGCUGAGGAAUCGUAUAGAUAGAGUUGGGAUAAGCCUUCCUCAAGUAGAAGUGAGAUUCGAGCAUUUAAAUGUGGAGGUCGACUCGUUUGUGGACAUGGGAAGGGCCCUUCCUACUCUGCCUAAUGCCGUUUAUGACCUCGUGGAGAAGCUCCUAAAUUGCUUCGGCAUUAGAAGAGGAGCUCGGAAAACUAAACUCACUAUACUCAAAGAUGUCUCGGGCAUUAUAAAGCCUUCUAGGAUGACCCUUUUAUUAGGACCACCAUCAUCAGGAAAAUCGACACUUUUGCUGGCUCUCGCGGGAAGGCUAGACGCUAGUCUAAAGAGAAGAGGAGAAAUCACGUACAAUGGACACACGCUUGAUGAAUUUGUACCGCAAAGAACAUCAGCAUACGUGAGCCAAGACGAUGUCCAUGCAGGGGAAAUGACUGUUAAAGAGACUCUUGAUUUCUCGGCAAGAUGCCAAGGCGUCGGGUGGCGUUAUGAACUAUUGACUGAGCUUGCGAGAAGAGAACGAGAAGCGGGCAUUUUCCCUGAGGCAGAAGUCGAUCUUUUCAUGAAGGCAAUUUCUAUGGAGGGAGAGAAGGCUAGCCUUAUUACAGACUACACUAUCAGGAUAUUAGGACUUGAUGUGUGUAGAGAUAUUGUUGUUGGAGAUAAGAUGUGGCGAGGAAUAUCUGGAGGCGAAAAGAAGCGAGUUACGACAGGGGAGAUGAUUGUGGGCCCAAAAACGAUACUCUUCAUGGACGACAUAUCGACUGGACUCGACAGCUCCACAACAUUUCAGAUCGUCAAGUGUUUGCAGCAAAUCGCACAUUUAACUGAGGCCACCACUUUCAUGUCCCUUCUCCAACCAUCUCCCGAGACUUUCGAUCUUUUUGACGAUAUUGUUCUCUUGUCCGAAGGCCAUAUUGUCUAUCAAGGUCCAAAAGAUCACGCCGUUGAAUUCUUCGAAAGCUGCGGUUUCAAAUGCCCCGAAAGAAAAGGAAUCGCCGAUUUCUUGCAAGAGGUGACAUCAAGAAAAGAUCAAGAGCAAUACUGGGCCAACAAGAGCAAACCGUAUGACUACAUUCCGGUCAAGGAAUUCGCGGCUCGAUUCAAAAAUUUCCACAUCGGCCAACGUCUCGAAAACGAGCUUUCCAUCCCUUACGACAGGUCAGCGAGCCACAAGGCAGCCCUCACGUUCGAAAAACACGCGGUCCCCAAGUGGGACCUUUUCAAGGCAAAUCUCGACAGAGAAUGGCUGCUGAUGAGACGAAACUCGUUCGUCUACAUAUUAAAAUCGGUCCAAAUAUUCAUAGUCGCCGUUAUUGCAUCGACCGUCUUCUUACGGACUCGAAUGCACACUCGAAAUCAGCAAGACAGCGGUUUGUACGUAGGCGCGCUUUUAUUCACCUUAACGUGCAAUACUUUCAACGGUAUUGUCGAGUUUCCAAUCCUGAUGAAGAGACUUCCCCUGUUUUAUAAGCAUCGAGACCUUCUAUUUUACCCGCCUUGGACUUUUGCUCUGCCGAGCUUUCUGCUGCAGGUCCCGAUUUCCAUGCUUGAGUCGAUUGUUUGGACAGUGACGACUUAUUACACGAUUGGAUUUGCACCUGAACCGAGUAGGUUCUUUAAGCAAUUAAUGCUGGUAUUUGCUAUCCAGCAAAUGGCUGCAGGGAUGUUCAAGCUGAUAUUAGCGGUAUGUAGAACGAAAGUGGUAGCUGAUGUCUGUGGCGCGCUUGUUCUUCUUAUGGUGAUCCUUUUCGGAGGAUUCGCACUUCCUAGAGACAAGAUACCAUCUUGGUUGAGUUGGGGUUAUUGGGCUUUCCCUCUGAGCUACGGUAACAACGCUUUGAUCAUAAACGAGAUGUUUGCUCCGAGGUGGAUGAACAUAAUGGCUAUGGAUAACACCACAAGCUUAGGCAUUGCCAUACUAAACAACUUAAACAUUCCCACUCACGAGAGCUGGUAUUGGAUUGGUCUUGGUGCCCUUUUUGGUUUCGCGGGACUCUAUGUUGUUCUUUUCACCAUCGCCAUUACGUAUCUAAAUCCAAUCGACAUGAAACGGGCUGUAACCGUAUCCAAGAAGCAGGCAGCAGGGGAGACCGAUGGCGAUCUUGAUGAAGGUACAACAAAAGAUGCACAAAGACCAAUCAAGUCCAAGAAAGGGAUGGUUUUACCAUUCACCCCUCUCGUCAUUUCCUUCGACAGCGUGAACUACUUCGUGGAUAUGCCGCCUGAAAUGAAGGAACAAGGAGUGAAAGAGGAUAAACUGCAGCUACUUAUCGACAUUAGUGGCGCAUUUAGGCCGGGAGUUUUGACGGCAUUGAUGGGAGUGAGUGGAGCCGGAAAAACGACACUCAUGGAUGUUUUGGCGGGAAGGAAAACGGGAGGUUACAUACAAGGUGAUAUAAGGAUAUCCGGAUUCCCUAAGAAUCAAGAAACUUUCGCGCGAAUUUCGGGAUAUUGUGAGCAAACCGAUGUCCACUCGCCUCAAGUGACCGUCCACGAGUCCUUGAUUUUCUCUGCUUUUCUUCGUCUCCCUAAGGAAGUAACUCGCGAACAAAAAAUGGCUUUUGUUGAUGAGGUGAUGGAUUUGGUCGAGCUGGACGAUUUGAAAGAUGCCAUUGUUGGGAUCCCGGGAGAAAGUGGAUUGUCGACCGAGCAAAGAAAACGACUGACGAUAGCUGUUGAACUUGUGGCAAAUCCUUCGAUUAUAUUCAUGGACGAGCCGACUUCUGGCCUCGAUGCACGUGCAGCAGCUAUUGUAAUGAGAACUGUUCGAAACACAGUGGAUACUGGGAGAACUGUUGUCUGCACGAUCCAUCAACCGAGUAUAGAUAUUUUCGAAGCUUUCGACGAGUUGCUCCUUAUGAAACGAGGCGGACAGAUGAUUUACGCAGGACCAUUAGGCCGAGAGUCGCGGAAAAUCAUCGAAUACUUUGAGUCCAGGCAAAACAAAGCACUGGUGAAAGAACUGAGCAAGCCACCAACUUCCGAGUCGAAAGACUUGUACUUUGACACAAAGUACCCACAGUCCACGUGGCGCCAGUUCACGUCCUGCCUCUGGAAGCAGUGGUGGACUUACUGGAGAAGCCCUCACUACAAUCUCGUCCGCUUCAUUUUCACGUUCGCGAGUGCCUUACUCGUCGGCACAAUUUUCUGGAAAGUCGGCAAGAACAGGGAGACAGAUGGAGAUCUGUUGACGAUCGUGGGAGCCAUGUACGCUACAGUUUUGCUCAUCGGAAAUACAAACAGUCACACAGUACAGCUCGUCGUCUAUUUCGAGAGGACGGUUUUUUACAGGGAAAAAGCUGCCGGAAUGUACUCGGCAUUGCCUUAUGCCUUUGCCCACGUGGCGCUUGAAAUACCGUACGUGCUUUUCCAAGCCUCGUACUACACGUUGAUCGUGUAUGCCAUGAUGGGCUUCGAGUGGACCGUGGCCAAGUACUUUUAUUUUUUUGCGGUUCAUUUCAUCUCGUUCCUCUACUUCACGUACUACGGUAUGAUGGCCGUGUCCCUCACGCCCAACCAAACGUUGGCAUCGGUUUUUUCGUCCGCUUUUUACGCGCUCUUCAACCUCUUUUCCGGCUUUUUCAUUCCAAGACCGAAUAUCCCCAUGUGGUGGAGAUGGUACUGUUGGAUUUCGCCGACAGCAUGGACGAUUUACGGUCUGAUAAUCGGACAAUAUGGAGAUGUCGAGGAUACGAUUAGUGUUGCAGGGACUCGUGCGCGGCCGAUGGUCAAAACCUACAUAAAGGAACAUUUUGGCUAUGAUCCGAAUUUUGGAGGGCCUCUUCUUGCUAUAUUGAUCGGUUUCGCGCUUUGCUUUGCUUUCACGUACGCUUAUUGUAUCAAGAUUCUCAACUUCCAGAAGAAAUAG